GGAGUUACUGUAGAAGUAGGGUUGUGUUAUUAAAGCAACUCCGGAAUUUUGCAAUAAUGUAGACAUACAAAAGUCUACAAGCACCAGAUGAAGUGCGUCCGUCCUUUCUGCAGUGGACAAAGGGCGCCUCUGGAUUGAGACAAGAGCGGACGUUGUCAGCUGUUGUAUGGUAAAUUGGGGAAAAUGUGGCAAAGCGUCGGACUCACUGUGCUGGUUAUUAUUGCCACACUAAUAUGUGCCCUACUCUUCAUGGUGUUCGGAUGGUAUGUGGUUUGGCAGCUUUUCCUGUCCAAGUUCAAGUUCCUGCGCGAACUCGUUGGUGACACAGGCUCCCCCCAGGCUGAGACUGAACCUUCGGAGUCAGAGAGUGAGCGUAGCUCUCCACCCACACCCCGUCACAAACACAAGCCCCGCCAGAGAGUUGUUCCUCAGGAUGCCACCUCAUAGGUCCCCCAUCCCCAGCUCAUCACCAGCCAGUGCUUCCCUCCGCCGAACAGAUAGCCCACUCUGCUGGACGCAAGCCAUCUUCUAACUGUUAAACUUUACCCCCCGUGCAUAUGUGACCCUUCCCUUAGACCACGGCCGCCAUCUUGUACCCAAGUCCCACAGUGUGCCAUUGGGGCCCCAGUGGUCUGUCUGUCUGAUUGUUGUCUCCUGGUCCUCCAUUUCGCUGUGUUUGGCAGAGUUGUUGAAUGUCAAAGGGAAAACACCAUCCAGUGAGUCAUGGCAUGGAUGGAGGCCACAACACACUGGUUUUGUUUGACAUUUAUUUGUACAGGUGUAUCAUCCUCUGCUACCCCCCCCCAAAAGAAAAACAGCCAUAUGGAAGUUUCUAUUUCUUCUGUGUCAGGUGGAAACAUUGUUUUGUCUAUGUUUUUAUCGUACUAACCAGAAAUAUCGAAAGCUGCCCAACUGACCACCAUGGACACUCUAUCAGCAUAUAAAGCAAACGAUAAUUCAAAGACACAAAAGAUGAAGGAAAAAAAACAACAAAAUCAAUUUUAAACUGACAACUGAACGUCCUCAGCUUGUAACUGUCAACUCUACUGUUGUAACUCUUUUUUUUGUCUCAGAAUUUGGAACUUGAUACAACUUUCUUAAGUGCAAUGAUCUGGAUAUCUUCUUCUGUCAAUGGUCAAAAAGAUGCAAAAACCCCCCACAUGUAUCACUACGGUUCAGCACCCUAGUUGAAUGAGUGGGAAUGGAACACCGUUCAUUUGAAACUACAAUAAUGUCCAACCCUUUAUAUGGGAAACUGACAGUAAUCGAUCACUAUGCUGUGUUGCUGCUUCACCAAUGCUGCACUAAAAGUUGCCAUGGUUCUGUCGUAGUGGCCAUGGUAGCACCUGAGCCCACCCCAGUCCCCCACCCCUGUGCCUCUAAACCAAUGGGCUUUCAGUAGUCACUACUUGAGUGUGUUGCCCAUUUUCACAGUGAUAGAGUGCUAUGUAAAACUGUCCAUUAAACAUGAUGAGCAUUACA